UUCCCACGCUGCUGCGGACAUGAAUGAAGAAGAAGGAGAAGAAGGAAAGAGGUAGUGAGUGAGGAGCCAGUUGAGGACCAUUGUCCACUUACACGCGUGAGCAGAUGACACGACACUAACUAAGCACUUUAUUAUUAUCAUUUUCAAUCAAAACAAUCCUCUUUUGUGGAAGCGGAAUCAGUGCUUGCUAGCUUCGGCUCUCAGCCAAUCAGCGUCCGCCUCAGCCCUUACGUAAGCAACAAACCACGCCCCUUGUUCCGGACUGAAAGCUGGAACAUUUUGUUUUUUUUUGCAGGCACAAAAUAAUUCUCUGCUCCUUUUUCUUGCUUCACGCUGACUUUGUUCGGAGGCAACAAGAGCGCCACACUUCUAGUCGGGAUUCAAGUAAUGCGAUGUAAACAAUGCAAAGCAGGUCCGUGUAACAAUGGAUGUUUGCGAGCGGAAAAGAGGGAUGAAGGUCUGCCGGAGGAAUGUGGCCAAAGUCCUCCGCUCCCUCAAGGUGGAGGACAAUAACAAGCACCCGGAGCCCAUGGACCAGGACCAGGACUACUGCUUCUCCGUCAGCUUCCUGCGGACAGGUAGGCCCGAGUCGUCCUUGCCCCCCCGCUACACCUUGAUCCGGGAGGUGGGCCGGGGCAGCUACGGGGUGGUGUACGAGGCCCUCGCCCGGACCAGCGGAGCCCGCUUGGCGGUGAAAAGGCUCCAGUGCGACGCCCCGGAAAACGUGGAACUGGCUUUGGCCGAGUUCUGGGCCCUGACCAGCCUGGAGAACCGACACCAGAACGUGGUCCAGCUGGAGGAGUGCGUCCUGCAGAGGAACGGACUGGCCCAGAAGAUGAGCCAUGGCAACAAGACCUCCAAACAAUACCUGAGACUGGUGGAGACCUCACUCAAAGGGGAGCGCAUUCUGGGUUACCCAGAGGAGCCUUGUUACCUGUGGUUCGUCAUGGAGUUCUGCGAAGGGGGCGACCUCAACCAGUACAUCUUGUCCCGUCGGCCCGACCCCCAGACCAACAGGAGUUUUAUGCGCCAGCUGACCAGCGCCGUGGCUUUCCUGCACAAGAACAACAUUGUUCACCGGGACUUGAAGCCCGACAACAUCCUCAUCUCCCAGAAGUCUGGUGCACCCGUUGUCAAAGUGGCUGACUUUGGCCUAAGUAAAGUGUGCGCUGGCCUGAGUUCUAAGAACACUGAGGAAGUGCACUCGGCAGGCAGAGGCAGCAACCAGGACAACAUGGUCAACAUCAACAAGUUGUGGUUGUCCUCGGCCUGUGGCUCGGACUUCUACAUGGCCCCUGAGGUGUGGGAGGGCCACUACACGGCCAAGGCGGACAUCUUUGCUUUGGGCAUCAUCAUCUGGGCCAUGAUCGAGCGGAUCACGUUCAUCGACGCAGAGUCCAAACGCGAGCUGCUGGGCACGUACAUCCGACAAGGCUCGGAGAUCGUGCCGGUGGGCGAGGCGCUGUUGGAGAACCCCAAGUUGGUCCUCCACAUCCCUCAGAAGGCCCGGAGCUCCAUGUCAGAGGGGGUGAAGAAUCUCCUCCAGGACAUGCUGGCCUUCAACCCUCAGGAGCGACCAGACGCCUGCCAGCUGGAGGUGCUGAUGGACCGGGUCACCUGUGCCGCGUGACUUCUUUCUUGUCCAGAUUUGUUUACCGAGUGGAUGUGGACUGUGGACUGUGGACAGAGAACGGGACUUUUGACAUAGUGAAACUGUGAAGAACUGGACACCUUCAUGUGGUACAGGUGGACACUGGAAUGGAACCAAAGGAUUCUCCAGCAUCAACAACACCCGAUAUCAGAAGACAAUAAUGAAGUGAUGGACCAGUAGAGGUCAGUGGGUUGGGGAUGCUCUAGUUUUUCCUCUUCUUCCGACCUUCUUGAAGAGCCAGCAGUAGCACACUACUUAUGUAUGCAGCCAUCUUUACUGUUUGCUCAACAACUAUGUGCCUUCAAACCGGGUGUUGCUAACUCGCUAACCCACACUUCUCUUCCCCUUGGCUUGCAAUCAGUGUCUAGCACUAAAAACCCUUGGCUUGCAAUCAGUGUCUAGCACUAAAAACUUUCCAUGUUUGUGGGCAGGUAGAACAAGUCUGUCUGUGGUUUCCUUGCAGUAUUAUUGAUUAUUGAUUGUUAUUGUUUUGAUAUAUCUUUGAAGUGCAGUUGUUUGAGGCGUCAUUAGAAGAGUGGAAUAUCACUGAAUGAGGAUUGGAUGUAAAACCUGGUACACACACAAACCCCAACUGUAGGUUGACCACCGUAAAAGUUAAGCGUGUUGAGUAUUUUCCAAAACCCCCAUGUGUGGCCCACAUAAAAUGGCCGACUGGUAAGCGAGCUGACGGAAGACGGAAGCAAAAAGUGAGCAUGAGAAGAAGUAUUCAUGUCCUGGAUCACACACACUCGCAACUUAGCAUUUCACAGCUAGCUUAGCUGGGUUCCGUCAGGUCAGGUCUCUGGUACUAGGUCAGGUCUCUGGUACUAGGUGAGGUCUCUGGUACUAGGGGAGGUCUCUGGUACUAGGUGAGGUCUCUGGUACUAGGUUAGGUCUCUGGUAGUUGGUGGUGUGUGUUACCCAUCACACACUAAAGUCAUGUUAUAAAUGCGUGUGUUUAAAAGUAGUGACAGUACUCAGAACAAGUUGAAGAUUGUGGGAUUUAAAGAGGAAGCUAACCUUUGGUUUGAGUUGUCUGCACACCUUGCUGAUCUCUAACAAGGAGCUGAGAAAAAGAUGAUAAGUUAGUAUUCCCCUUUCAGACUCUAACAAUAUCCUAAAAGUGUAAUUGAUCAACUCAAGGUGCUACUGCUUAUUUCCUAGAAAAGUAGCUAGCGUGCUAACUGGCUUCAAUGUUAGCAUGAAUACAAGACACACUCCAAUAACAAUAAUAUAGCUUAGAAGUUGUAUCAAUAACAAUAAUAUAGCUUAGAAGUUGUAUCAAUAACAAUAAUAUAGCUUAGAAGUUGUAUCAAUAACAAUAAUAUAGCUUAGAAGUUGUAUCAAUAACAAUAAUAUAGCUUAGAAGUUGUAUCAAUAACAAUAAUAUAGCUUCAGAAGUUGUAUCAAUAACAAUAAUAUAGCUUAGAAGUUGUAUCAAUAACAAUAAUAUAGCUUAGAAGUUGUAUCAAUAACAAUAAUAUAGCUUCAGAAGUUGUAUCAAUCUUAAGGCACCUAACAAUUCCAUCCCAUUCUGAUCACUGGGUAAACAUUCCAUUCACAAUCCAUUCUCAAGUCAACACCAUUCUCAAUUUAAACUCAUUCUUGAUAUUUGAUAUCAUUAUUAUUAUGAAACUUUUUCAAAACAGGUUAUAGGUUAGAAAAGUUAUUUCGUUGGCCUAAAACGCACACACACACA